AUGGUUAGCGGGACACACUUAGGUUCAAUUUUUGGCAGAAGUCCUGAAAUGGAGAUCAGAACCGUGGAUCUUGCCGCGAGUGGUAUAAACUUCACUUCCGCUGUGAAGCAGAGCUUCCCAGAGUCUGUUCAGAAGACCACUAAAGAUGCCAUCAAACGAAAACUUACUGCAAGAGUUUCCCCUAUGACGCGAAAAACGGAACAAGUUUCUGAUACUAGAGUUAAUUUGCAAGUUUCUUGUGGGCGAAAUUCUCAACAUUCGAACGACAACUUUGGCAAGAAAGAAUUCAGCUUGGGCAGCAAUUUUUCAUCGACAGCACCCUCCAAUUCUUCGCGUGCUCAAAGCAGUCAAAAAAGACUUGCAGAGAAGCGUAAAUUACCCUCUACAAAUAUCAUUGUUCCUGCAAAAACGGCGAAUUCGAAUUCUUCAAACAAAACAAGAGAAGAGAAACACAUUAAAAGGCCUCGAGCCAUAUUGCCACGCACCAGUAUAUCUCAGGCCCAAGGUAAGUAUUAAAGGUUGGUUUAGAAAAUACAGUUAAUAUAGAAAAAAAUUAUGGGAGUUUACUUCUGCGACAGUAAGGAAAAAAAACUUUCCUAUCAGCCUUUUGCAUAAGAAAGAGAUCGAACGAGAGGCCUUCUACUUUGGCACGCGACGAAAUUUCUUGUUUUAAAAAAGUAUAAAUUAAGACUAAAUAAUGCGUCAGCGAAAAUUUGCAUGCAAGUUUUAUUUACCUUUUUAUCCUAGAAGCUAAUAGCUUACUCGAGAUAUAUCAUUUAAAACUCUUUUCGAUUACAUUUGUUAAUUGAACAUUCUGGUGAAGAAGUAUUGUAUCGAAAGAUAUCUUGAAAUUCGGGGCAAUCCCGUUUCUGAUUUUUAUAUAUAUAUGUACACAAAUAUCUUCCUUAUCCGGGAAAGUCCCUUUCGAUACGCACGCUUUCCCACGCCUCGAUCCAAAUCUCUUCGGCGAUCUGCUUUGAACUUCCGGUGAUCGCACAGCCCUCCGGUUACGAAAUGAGGAAGUGUAACAGUGUCAUCAAGCUGAAACAAGUCAUGUAACAAAAUAUCGCUAAAAGGAUGUUUAUUGUUUUCGCUCAGCAUGGAUACUUCUACUCUCAGUGAGAUUUUAUUUCACCACCCCUAGAUAGUAUUACCCCUAGAUAGUAUUGCUUUGAACUUAGGUCACCCAUGGGUGAUAAUUGGAGUGGAAUCAUUAUUGGCAUGUUUAUAAGCAUGUUAUAAGCGGUGGCGGAGUGAAAUAAAAAGUGGUGGUGGGGGACUAAAAAUAAAACUGGACAUUCCAUAUUCCCCACCCCCCUCCCCAAUAGGUCCCCCCCCCUCAUCUAGCCCCUCAUUUGGACUCUUCGGAUGUAAUCUUCAAUGGUGCUGACAACAAAAACUACAUAGGGUAGCAUUGGGGGGGGGGGUGGGGGGAAUGAGUGCCGAUAAAAAAUGAAAUGUCCCAAUUCAACUGGCUACAUACUUUGUUUCUUGUUUUAAACAGACUUUGCAUCAGCCAAUGUUUUGUGACAGUAAACAAGCAUGCAGUUGUUUAACCAAUCUUGCUUCAUUGUGUUCCUAAGGCUGACUCAUCCCCAGUCGUCUUUGCGUCUUCGUGCAACUCUCCCUUGCUUUCCACCUUCCCAUCACAUCCCUUGCCCUCGCACUGGGGAGAGACACAGAGAGAUGACUGGGGAUGAGUCAGUUCCUAAGGUAAUGCUUUGAGGCAUCUCAGAGUGGAAAAACUUCGCUCCAAUGCAGAGACUUGUGUUUUUUAAAAACAUGGAAGUUGGUCACCCAUACUGCAAAAUUAAAUGCAGGAAACCAAACUGAUUCAUGAAAGGGGAGGAGAGGAGACCACCCCCCAUAAAAUCCCUGAGCCAAGUAGUAACGUUUCUAUGUUUUAACUUUAAAAACACACAUCUUGUUGAUAACAAAGUUCUUGAAAGUUACCAACAUUAUUUCACAGCUCCCAAAGUCCCAACUCUUGUAGUACAGUGCAACAAACGCAAUUCAACCAAGGUGACCCCAGAUUUACUAUUUUUAUUUUGGUACAUGUAGUUUGUAAGCCAAUAGUAAUGAUUAAUAGUUCUGUAAAAUACAAAGUGUUGGAACCCUGGUCACAGGUUUGAUUCCAUUUUUGGAUAAAUUUUGGGUAUUUAAAUAAUACCCACCUCCCUAAAAAUAACAAGUCCCAAACAGGGAAUUCCCAACCAAGUUCCCCUUGGGACCCAAAAAAUUUGGGAUUUUUGUUAUUUGAAAAAAUAAUCAAUUUUUCCUGUGGGUAGGGUUGUUUUAAAUUCCCACAAAAAAUAAAUUUCCAGAGGCACCCAAAAACAAUUAUUUGAAAAUAAUCAAUUUUAUUUUGUCCAGAACCAAAACCCAAGGCCAUAACCAAAACUAAUGAGUGACAACGUGGCGACAAUGAGCCUUUUGUCAGCUUCAGAAUGCCACUUAGCAGCUCUUCAAGAUGAAGAUGGAGAUACGUAAGUCAAAAAGAUUUUUUUCGUAGACUAACUAGCCCCAGGGCUUUGGGGGGAGAAGGAAUGUGUCAUCAGGGGGGGCGUUGUAACUAUAUAGGACUAAAACGCAAGUGUAUAAUUUAUUUUAGCAUAUUACUGUUAAAAUGAAGAUUUAACAACAGGCAACUGAUUCUCAUAGCAAAGAGAAAAAAUUAAUAAUAAUCAAAAUGCUAACAUUAUUUGUGGUCAAAUAGUAUCAAAAAAAUAUAUUAUUUCAUUUUUUUUCUUUUAAUUUUGUCUUCUCACUCAUCCACUGUCUUGUUUAGAGACCUGGCAACUGAAUUUUUUCUUUUGUAGUUAGGAGUUUUAAAGAUUAUUAAUGCAAACCAGUUUUUAUUUUUAUUAUUAUUUAAAAAUUAAUAUUUUUUAACUCUUUCAUAUUCUUUUUACUCAAAUAGUGGAACCUCAAUAUAAUGAAGGGCCAAGAGACUGGCAAAAUUUGUUUGCUCUGAUGAGGUUUUGUUAUAUUAAGGUUCUCUUCUAUAUAUUUACUUUUACUGGGUUAGAGAAAAUAGUUCAUUAUACCAAAAUAACGACUUUGUUAUACAGAGGCUUGUUAUAUCCCCAGGUGGGGUACUCCAAAUUUAAAGUGACAGGCUAGGGAUGAUCAAAGGAUUUUUUGGGGUAGGAAAAUUUUGGCAAGUGUUUUUUUUGGUAGAAUUUAAGUAAGAAUUUUCUUCGGUAUUCAAAACAAUCUAAAGGUUCAUGAUAGUUCCUGCGUCUCAUGUGGCACAUAGUUCCUCUGGGAAUUUUUAUGGCUCUGAAAUUCGGUAUGGCUUUUUUGGGGGGUUAAAUUUUGGUCCAGGGAUUUUUUGGGUUUUGAUUUUUGCCCCCAUUCGAUCAUCCCUAUCACUUGACAUCUGGAGUACUGCCCUGGGGUUAUAUCAAGGUUCUACUGUAUUCACAAGAAUUUCUAUUCUUUCUCAUUACAGGCCACUUCACAUAGCUAUUGCUCAUGGGAAUACCCAACUUAUAGAAUACCUUAUCAGCCUCAUGUCAUGUUUAUCCCUGGACAUUUAUAACAACUUAAAACAGACACCACUACACUUAGCAGUUAUAACUGGACAAGCCUAUAUUGUAGGAAAACUUAUCACCGCUGGUGCCAAUCCAAACAUGCCAGAUCGCAAUGGACAAACACCAGCUCACUUGGCUUGUCAGAGGUCAAGUUUAACGUGCUUAGAAGAACUUUUUAAGGGGCAAGAUGAGAUGGACCCAGAUUUGAAAAAUUUUAGUGGAUUCACUCCUUUACAUGAAGCUGUAUUUGCAAGCUGUACGGAGACUGUGAAGUGUUUGGUUAAACAUGGUGCAAAUGUUAAUUCCAAGGUUUGUAAAGAUCUUUUCUGUUUCUAAAUUUUUUGGAGGUGGGGAUUGUAGAUUUAGGCAGGGCAAAAACACUGGAAAUAAGAAUUGGAAAAGGAAGCAAAUGAGUUGGGAUAGGAAUUGGGCUGGCAAAAAUUUCGGAAAAGUUUGCCAACAAAAGGGCAAAUUGAGAUCAAGGAAGUAAGAUCCCUUUGUUUUUUGCUUUUUUUUACAACUUGCAGACAUUAUAAAUAAGUGCCUAAUUAUAUUAACAAAGGCUAAGUAAGGGAAAGUUCAUUUAAUAUGACAAGGGGGGGGGGGAUGAAGAUAUUGAAACUCGAUGCUUGAAAUUUUAGCAGCCCCCCUCACUAGCGGUUCAAUUUUUUAGGAGCCCCUCCUUGGCAGUCUAAAAAAUUUCAGAGCCCCCCCCCCCUCCUCCUUCAAUUCCUUUGCUCCCCUGAAAAAAGAUCGCUAGACUGUAUUAAAUAUAUUUACCAUUAUUGUCUUCAAUGGUUUAUACUAUGACAAACUUGAGAUACAGUUGUGAUACAAUUUUCUAAAGCAUUUUUGGGAUGAACAAGAGUGUAAUAAUUACUGAGACUACAUUUGUUAUAUCUGUAAACCACGUGAUAUAGCUGAGUUGCACAGGUCAUUGAAUUGUUGAGUUGUAUGAUGAUGUCAUGUGUUGGUUUUGAAGUAUACAAAUUUUCGGAGCCCCCCCUCCUAGCGCAACAAUUUUUUCAGAGCCCCCCCUUCGGGUGUCUAAAAAUUUUCGGAGCCCCCCCUCAAUAUCUUCAUCCCCCCCCCCUUGUCAUAUUAAAUGAACUUUCCCUAAAUGCAUCACAGAAUUUGUCACAGCUAACACAUGUAGCAAAGGAGAGAACCAACUUCAAAUUCAACCCACAUAAUGGCAUCAACAUAAUGGCGCCAGGAUUCAUACCUGGGCCAUGUUGGUGUGAGGAGAGUGCUCUCACCAUGCUGCCACCCUCAACAGAUAUUGAUAGCAAGUUUAAUUCCUCACUAGGAUGGUAAAAGUGGACGUACCCCUCUUCACCAUGCCGUAGAAGCAGAAAAUGUUGAAGUCAUUGAAGAACUGCUCAAGUGCGGGGCAAACCCUAGUGAACCAGCAUUCUCUGGGAACACUCCACUGCAAAUUGCAAGUGGACGAUGCAUGCAGAAUAUCAGAGGUCUACUUGAAGCCAACACGUCAAAAACUGCCGUUAUU